AUUUUGCCGUCUUAAUCAGUAAAAAAGUAGGUCAAACGUCAAGUCAAAAUCCCGUUUCAAAUCUUUCAAUAAAUGUAAUUAUUUUUGUUCCUCUUGAAUGCUUCGUUUGUUCUUGAAUUCCGUAUCUAAACUAAGCGAAAUCAACCAAACAAGGUUACAAAGGUUUUUUGUAUAUGGUACAAUCAGAUUUCAUUUUUCCCAUAUUGACAUCUGAAUUAUUUUCAUUUGUGUUUUAACAUCUUUGCUGAACAUAUCCUUAAAAAUGGCUCAAAGUGCGCCUCUAAUUCUGCGGCUGUUGGCUUCCUCAGUAACUGCUGCUACACGAGCCGGAAAAAUAAUUAAAGAUGUUAUGACCAAGGGUGAACUAGGCAUUGUAGAGAAGGGAUUAGAGAAAAAUGAUGUUCAGACAGAAGCAGACCGAUCGGCGCAACGAUGCAUAGUUGCAUCUCUAUCGAAGCAAUUUCCUGAUGUCACCAUUAUAGGAGAAGAGGGACAACUCAGUGAAUCUGACGUACCAAGUGACUGGAUUGUGACAGAGAGUGAUCAGUCUGUUCUCUCUGCGAAUUGUCCCCCUUCGUUUGUCAACACUGUUCCUGAAGACAUUGUUGUAUGGGUAGAUCCCCUUGAUGGAACUUCUGAAUAUACAGAGGGACUCCUAGAUCAUGUGACGGUGCUCAUUGGAGUAGCUGUCAGUGGUAGGGCAGUGGGAGGAGUUAUCCAUCAACCCUAUUACAACUACAAAACGGUUCCUGAUACUCCAGGAAGGACUCUGUGGGGUCUAGUAGGCGCUGGAGUCGGCGGAUUUAAUCCCAUCGACCCUCCACAAGAUAAAUUCAUCAUCACAACUUCAAGAUCGCACCGAGACGGUAUGGUGUCGAAUGCCUUGAAGUCUCUGAACCCUGAUGACGUUAUUAGCGUCGGUGGUGCAGGACAUAAGGUUUUGGUUGUUUUGGAAGGUAGAGCUCAUGCUUAUGUUUACGCAAGUCGAGGGUGCAAAAAAUGGGACACUUGCGCACCUGAGGCUAUUUUAGAAGCUUCUGGAGGGCGGUUGACAGAUAUUCACGGCAAACACUACAGUUACGACAAGAAUGUGUCAUUCCCUGAUAACCAAGGUAUUUUUGCUACCGCCAGGACUGUUGAUCAUGAUGCUUUGGUAUCGAAACUUCCUCAGGAAAUAAAGGAUGCGUUUCCAUACUAAUUUAUAAGUGCAAAAAGCUAUAUUUGUGUGUAAUUUUAUUUUGUACAGAAAUAAACAUUUUAUUUUACUUCA